AUGGGUAACAACAGAUCAAUAACAUCUGUUCAAAGCAAUACACAAGCUAAUGCUAAACACAUAUCAGACUUUUCCAAAGAUGUAGUUGCAAAUCGACGUAUUAACAUGCAAAGAAUACAAAAUGUCCUCGUUAUUUGGUUGGACAAAAAUAUUAAUGAUAAUAAUGCUGAUUGUAGUAAUACAAUCAAACAAUUGAAAUGUGCAGUUAACAACGUAAACACAUUUACAGAUGGUGAACAAUGUAUUGAAUUUAUUCGAACAAUUACCAACAACAAAAUAUGUAUGAUUGUUUCUGGUUCACUUGGACAGCAUAUUGUGCCUCAUGUGCAUACUAUGUUUCAAGUAGAUACCAUAUUUAUUUUUUGCAACAACCAAGAAUGGCAUAAACAAUGGGCCAAAGAAUGGCCUAAAAUAAAAGGAGUCUUCACAGAUGUAACAUCAAUCUGUGAAGCUCUCAAACAAACUGCACAUCAAUGUGAGCAAAAUGCCAUCUCAGUCAGCUUUGCGGCAUCUAACAAGAAAUUAGAUCAAUUAAAUCCAUCCUUUAUGUAUACUCAGAUCUUGAAAGAGAUCUUAUUAAGCAUCACCUUCGAAGACAAACAUAUUAAAGAAUUUAUCACUUAUUGUCGUGAUGUAUAUGAUGAUGAUGAACAUGAACUAAAAAAUGUGGAUGAAUUCAACACAACAUACAAAAACAAGAUACCCAUAUGGUGGUAUACAUGGGAUACAUUUUUGUAUCGUAUGCUUAAUUGUGCAUUAAGAUCAAUGAAUGCUGAUAUAAUUGUUCGCAUGGGUUUCUUUAUUAAUGACCUGCAUCGUGAUAUUCAACGACUCCAUUCGGAACAAUCUGAUAGUCCUGAAUCUGGUAAAACAUUUACAGUUUAUCGUGGACAAGGUCUUUCAAAAGAAGAUUUCACAGAAAUGACAAAUAGUAAAGGUGGACUUCUUUCAUUCAAUAGUUUUUUAUCAACCAGUAAAAAUCAUGAUGUUUCUUUUUAUUUUGCCCAACAAGCUACUACAAAUCCUGAUCUCGUUGGAAUUUUAUUUAUUAUAUCAAUUAAUCCAACGGAUUCAACAGCUCCAUUUGCUUCUAUUACAGAUGUUAGUCAUUUUAAUGAGGAAGAUGAAGUUCUCUUCUCUAUGCAUACUAUUUUUCGUAUUGGAGAUAUUCAACCAAUAGAUGGAAAUAAUCACCUCUAUAAAGUGAAUUUAACAUCGACCAGUGACAAUGACCAAGAUCUUCGUACUCUUACUGAUUGUAUUCGAAAAGAGACUUCUCCAUAUAACGAAGGAUGGGAGAGAUUAGGAUUAAUGUUAAGGAAAAUGGGUCAAUCUACCAAGGCUCAAGAAGUUUAUGAAAUUUUAGUUCAUCAAACAACAAAUGAAAGUAACAAGGGAUCUAUUUAUCACCAACUAGGUUCCAUCAAAGAUGAUCAAGGAGAAUAUCAAGAAGCACUUACAUAUUAUGAAAAAUCACUUGCUAUCUUACAAAAAACACUCCAUUCCAAUCAUCCUGAUUUGGCUCGUUCCCAUAACAACAUUGGUGUUAUGUAUAGAAAUAUGAAUGAUUAUCCAAAAGCACUUUUAUCUCAUGAGAAAGCCCUUUCAAUUGGCCAACAAUCACUUCGAUCUGAUCAUCCUGAUUUGGCUUAUUCCUAUAACAACAUCGGUACUGUGUAUAGAAACAUGGGUGAUUACUCAAAAGCACUUCCUAAUUAUGAAAAAGCCCUUGCAAUCAAACAACAAUCACUUCCUUCCACUCAUUCUAGUCUGGGUGCUUCCUAUUACAACAUCGGUUUGGUGCAUUACUACAUGCAUGAUUAUCCAAAAGCACUUACUUAUUAUGAGAAAGCCCUUGCAAUCGAACAACAAUCACUUCCUUCCAAUCAUCCUGAUUUGGCUACUUCCUAUUACAACAUCGGUAAUGUGUAUGACGACAUGGGUGAUUAUGCAAAGGCACUUUCUUAUCGUGAAAAAGUCCUUGCGAUUCGACAACUAUCACUUCCUUCCGAUCAUCCUGAUUUGGGUGCUUCCUAUUACAACAUCGGCAAUGUGUAUCAGAAUAUGCGCAACUAUUCAAAAGCGCAUUCAUUUUAUGAACAUGCUGUACAAAUUGGACAGCAAUCAUUACCAACAAAUCAUCCUAAUCUUAAAAUGUAUAGAAAAAAUCUCGAACGCAUGAAAAAGAAAUUAUAA